AUGGAAAGGCUACCAGGAAACCAGAUAUACAACAUCGGUGAACGACUUUAUUAUGGUUCAAGCCCUACAAGUACGGACUAUGACAGUCAGUUUCUUGGUUCAGGCGUGCCGCUUGUAGUCGAUGUCGGAUCAUACCAAUGCCAAGUAGGAUGGGCCACUGAAAAUUCACCGAGAUUACACUUUGAUACUCUCGUAUCGAAAUACAGAGACCGUAAACUCAAUUCCAACAUAUUGCUCGUGGGCAACGAUAUAUACGCAGAUGUAACGGCAAGGUCUAAUUCUAAAUCUCCAUUCGAUGGGAACAUUAUCUCUAACUUUGAAACAAUGGAGUGUAUAAUGGAUUAUAUAUUCGUAAAGCUCGGCAUUUCUACCGACCGUGUUGAACAUCCGAUAUUGAUGACCGAGCCCGUUUGUAAUCCUCACCACUCGAGAAAACAAAUGUCGGAACUUCUUUUUGAAUGUUAUCAAGUACCAUCGGUUUGCUACGGCAUUGAUGCCUUGUUUAGCUUCCACGCGAAUGAGUUGUCCUUUGAUAAGGGUGGAAUAGUAUUGUCGUUAGGGCAUAGUACUACCCAUAUUCUGCCCGUAUAUAAUGGACGCGGAGUAUUGGAACAUGCUAAAAGGAUUUCCUAUGGAGGAGUAACCUCGACCGACUUUAUGCUUAGACUGAUGCAACUGAAAUACCCAACCUUUCCAACAAAAAUGACACAUGCACAAGCUCAGCAUUUAGUACAGAAUUACACGUAUGUGGCUGAAGACUAUUUCGAAGAAUUAAAGGAAUUCAUAAAUCAAGAAUCAUUUUCAGAGAGGGAUUGUGUUAUUCAAUUUCCAUAUGUAGCACCGGCGACCGAGAAAACGGAAGAAGAAGUUGCACGCGCUGAAGAGAGGAGACAGGAACAAUCACGAAGACUGAAAGAGCAGGCGGAGAAACUGAGAAUGAAGAAGUUGAAAGAGAAGGAAGAAGAAUUGGAAUAUUACGCGCAAUUGAGAGAGAGCAAGUCAAUGUUACGUAAAUCAGAAUUUCUUGCUCGAUUAAGAGAAGACAGAAUAAAUGACGAGAACGAAUUAGACGAUAUCAUUAAGAAAAUUGAAAAAGCUAUACAGAGAGCACGCAACAGAUUACUCGGAAUCGAUGAAGUCGAAAUCAAGGAAGAACCGACAUUUCCGUUAGUAGAUAUACCAGACAGCCAAUUAAACGAAGCCGAAAGGAAGGAGAAAAGAAAGCAAUUGGCUGCAAAAAGUUUACAUGAAUCGCGACAGCGACAGCGGGAAGCCAAAGAACUGGCUAGAAAACAACAGGAAGAAGAAGAACGACUGGAACGAGAAAGACGUGACAAGGAUUUGACGGGAUGGUUGAACAACGUGAAGACUAAUUACACGAACCAAUUGGAAAAAGUCAAAGUAUUGAGACGCCGAAAGGAACAGUUGGCAGACAGAAGGAGCCAUGCAUCACAAUUACGAAUGCAAUCAAUUGCUAGUUUGGCAGGCGACACUUUACCACAGAAACGACGCCGGCGAGGACAAGACGAGGACACGUUUGGAAUGGACGAUAACGAUUGGGAAAUCUAUAAGGAGAUCUCUCGCGAAGAAGAUUCUUGGGAGGAGGAAGAAGAACUCACCACGCUUCGCGAGCUUGAAUCCAAGCUCUUGCAAUACGACUCUACUUUCCUUCUCGAGCAUACCUUUGACGCCCAGAAUUCCGUACAAAACUCCCUCGUAUUUAUGUUCACACAUGGCAUCUGGCCUUCAUACGAUCCAGAUGACGUAUCGCAGCUACAUCAGUUGCACGUGAACAUUGAGAGAAUCAGAGUACCCGAGGCGAUGUUUCAACCCAGUAUUAUUGGAUUGGACCAAGCCGGACUGGUGGAGACUGUGUCAAACGUUGUUAGUAGGUUUAAGGAAGAAGAAAUGAAGACAAUGGUUCAGUCGAUUUUCCUAACAGGUGGCCACACACAGAUUCCGGGAUUAUCAAAACGCUUAGAGGUAUCUCUUAGAUCCGUUCUUCCAGCAGGUGCAGCACUUCGGAUUAUUCCUGCUAAGGAUCCGGUCGUAGACGCAUGGCAAGGAGCAGCUCUCUGGGCAAAAACGCCCGAGUUUAAGCAGCACGUAGUUACUAUUCAGGAUUAUCAGGAGUAUGGUGGCGAAUAUUUGAAAGAGCACCGAUUCGGAAAUGUCUACAGGAGAUGA